UAUAACACAAAAUAAUAUAAUAUAGUUUGUUAACUUUGAUUUGGCAAGAGAGAUUUAUUUGUUUUUUUGGUUAAAACUAUCUAUAUAUAUCCAUCUAUGGUUCAAGACGGGAUCAAGACAUCCCAACCAAAACAGCUUCAAGAGAAAGAAAAAACUAAAAAAAAAUUGUCUUCAAUCAACAAAAAUGCGUCCAUUAGGCCCAGUGUUCCCAAAUUUUGGGUGGGUGUCGAAGGAAGAGUACGAGAGAGACAACCUCGUCGAAGAUGACCAUAGUAACUGCACGUCUCCUGAUUCCAGCUUAGGGGUUUCUGAAUCGUCUGAGGGAAAUAGAAUAAACAACAAUUCUGCCGUGAUCAAGAAGCUUAUUCACAAUGCUAAUGAGCGUAACCGUCGCAAGAAAACCAACUCUUUGUUCUCAACUCUUCGUUCAUGUCUUCCAGGCUCUGAUGAGAACCUAAGUAAUCCUCGGACGAUUUCGCGGAGCAUGCAGUACAUACCGGAGUUGAAAGAGCAAGUGAAGAAGCUAACACAAAAGAAGGAAGACAUCUUGGUGCGAAUAUCGGGUCAAAGAGGAAGUUACGUUAUGCCGCAGCCAAAGGUAGCUUCUAGUUAUGUCUCCACCGUUUUUGCGACUGAGCUUACAGACACCGAAGUCAUGGUUCAAAUCUCAUCGUCCAAGAAUCAUAAUUUUUCGAUAUAUAAUGUGUUGAGUGGAUUAGAAGAAGAUGGGUUUGUUCUCGUGGAUGUUUCAUCUUCGAGUUGUUGGGGAGAACGACUCUUCUAUACUUUGCAUCUUCAAGUGGAUAAGGUUGAUAGUUACAAGCUAAUUUGCGAAGACUUAAGUCGAAGGGUUUUGUUCUUGUUUGAGAAAUGUGGAAAACUCGUUUAAAUAAUAACUUGUUCUUGUUUUGUUUGUGAUGUGUCGUCUUUUUGU